AUGGACGCAUCUAGCUGCGUCUCUAUGGUGGUCUAUAUCUUCACGUUCAUGCUUGGGCUUCCUGCCAACCUCUUGGUUCUCUUUGUCUAUAUCCGCAAGGCUCGAAAACACGGUGCCACCCCCAAUGUAGUCUACGCUCUUAAUCUGUGCCUGGCAAACUUGGCACUAGUGUCUUGGAUGCCCGUUAAAGUGGCCGAAACUGUGUACCAGGGCUGGGCUCUUCCAACUGAGCUGUGCAUCGUUUACAGCUUCUUUAUUUUCUUCUCACUCUAUGGCAGCAGUCUGCUCCUCACAGCGGUCGUUGUAGGCCGUUAUCUGAGCAUCGCCUACCCCAUAACCUACAAGCUCUACCGCAGAGCCCGUACCUCUUGCUUUGUGAGUGGCAUCUUGUGGGCAGUAGUGCUAUUACACAUGGGUUUCGCUUAUCUUGCCGAAGGAGGAGGCCACUUUGUAUCUUUAUCAGAGCAGAAUGUCUCGACGUGCUAUGAGAACUUCACCCAGGAGCAGUUAAAUAUUCUGGUGCCAGUACGGCUGGAGAUGGCGCUGCUCCUUUUCCUUGUGCCUCUUGUUUUGUCAGCAUUCUGCACACUGCGCUGCCUAGUGCUUGUCAGACAUUCCUAUUUGCCCUCUGGCAGUAAGAGAAGGGUGCUGGCAAUUGCACUUUCUACACUGGCGGUGUUUGUGGUCUGCUAUGGGCCCUACAAUGUAUCUCACAUAGUGGGCUUUGUCCUGUACACUAACGUGGAAUGGAGAAGUGAAGCCAUGCUUUCCAGCUCCUGCAAUGUCUUCCUAGAACCUGUGGUCAUGUUGAUGCUGUCGUCAUGGACGCCAAGGGAUUUAGUGGACAGACUGUUUGGCAGAGGAAGGAUAUCAUGGCAUCAGUGCCACAACAAAAGGUUUUCCAGGAACCCUCAUGCAACUGAAAGAGGGUUGCCAUCAAUAACUAUAAGCCAGAGGGAAAAUAAAAAUGCCAAAGCAUGA